UAAUAAGAAGUUUUUUUUAGUGUGCAGAGGGAAACGGCGGGAGUUUCUGUCGGUCAUAAAAGAAACACUAGUCAAAUGGAUGUCGAAAGAAAUGACCAUGUUAGAACAGAAAUGGAUGUGGACAUAACCUCAAAGAAACACAACAUCGUGUCCAAAGGAUUGGCUGAUGCGUAUGAAUUGCCGUGGGUAGAGAAAUACCGGCCCCUAAAAUUGGAAGAGAUUGUGGGGAAUGAAGAAACUAUUAACAGACUAGAGGUUUUUGCCAGACAAGGCAAUGUUCCAAACAUUAUUAUUGCCGGACCUCCUGGUACUGGAAAAACAACCAGCAUUUUGUGCUUGGCCAGAUCACUGUUGGGCUCUGCUAUGAAGGAUGCUGUGCUUGAGCUGAAUGCAUCAAAUGAUCGAGGUAUUGAUGUGGUGAGAAACAAGAUCAAGAUGUUUGCUCAGCAGAAGGUAACUCUACCCAAAGGACGUCACAAGAUUAUAAUCCUGGAUGAAGCAGACAGCAUGACUGAUGGAGCUCAGCAAGCACUGAGGCGCACCAUGGAGAUCUAUUCCAAAACUACACGCUUCGCUCUUGCCUGCAAUGCAUCAGACAAGAUUAUAGAGCCCAUUCAGUCACGUUGUGCAGUGCUUCGCUACACAAAGCUACGGGAUGACCAGAUCAUGAUGCGUUUGAUGGAGGUGGUGGAGAAGGAAAGACUUACUGUCACCAAUGAUGGUCUGGAGGCAAUCAUCUUUACAGCACAAGGAGAUAUGAGACAGGCACUUAACAAUAUCCAGUCAACAAAUUCAGGAUUUGGUUUUAUCAACAGUGAAAAUGUUUUCAAGGUCUGUGAUGAACCUCACCCUCUACUUGUUAAAAGUAUGCUGGAGCAUUGUGUUAAUGCAAACAUUGAUGACGCUUAUAAGAUCAUAGAACAGCUUUGGUCUCUUGGUUACUCUCCAGAAGACAUUAUCGGAAAUGUCUUCAGAGUGUGUAAGACCUUUCCAAUGCCAGAGUAUCUGAAACUGGAAUUUAUAAAGGAAAUUGGUUACACACACAUGAAGGUGGCAGAGGGAGUAAAUUCUCUGCUGCAGAUGGCUGGACUAUUGGGAAGACUCUGUUGUAAAACAACUGUGCCAUAAUCUGGUUUAAGUGCAUCUCACUGUUCCCCAUACUGUUAUACACUGUACGUAGAUCCACAGGUAAAGAGUUGUGACAGAAAUGUGUAAAUAAUUUGUCUUCAAAUCUA